CUACAGCCCAGUGGAUCCUAACCGUUAUCGGAACCGGCAGAAAAACAUUUUUGCCCCUCCAAAUUUUCCUUGCAAGUCAUUAGCCCCGCCGACGCGAUGUUAGUGAGAUUGGACAUUGUCCUGGCGACUUACACGGCUGUUUAGGACAACCGUCCUCGUCCACUGUCCUCGUUUACGAUCAAAAUACACGCAAUGCCGCACGAGGUUCUGGUUGGAAGCGAUUGCUUCACUGCCCCAGAGGCAGAAAAGCUCGUGGACCUGUGCAACAAGAAGAGCGGUGCAGUUGUCAAGCUCAUACACGGUCAGAGGGUCUACUAUGUCAACCUGAAGAACCCCAAAGGCGACAGCAAUGUUCUCGCCAAAGUUGCUCGCCUGCUUCAAGUCGCCGAUCCGUCGCCCUCAGCUCCCGCCGGCCAGGAUGGAGAGAACGUCGAACUAUAUAUCACCCCUCGCGGCAUCAGCCCAUGGUCGUCGCAAGCAACAGUCAUUUCGCACGUUUGCGGACUGAAGGAUGAGGUUGAGCGCAUCGAGCGCGGUCGCAUCGUCAAAGUUGGCCUUGCCGACCCCGCCAACGACAGUCUUGAGUUCCGCGAUGUUAUCCACGACCGAAUGACCGAAACCCUGGCUCGGGAACCACCAUCACUCGAAGAAAUGUUUGGAGAGGGAGAGCGGUCCCCAUUGGUCACGAUCAACAUCUUCACCGAGGGCGGCGACCCUCUCGAGGUCCUCAAGGCAUGCAACCAAAAGAUGGGUCUGGCUCUUGACCAGUCGGAGAUGGAGCAUCUGGUGUCGCAGUACACCAAACUUGAGCGUCCCCCUACAGAUGUCGAGCUCUUCAUGUUUGCCCAGGUCAACUCAGAGCAUUGCCGACACAAGGUCUUCAACGCCAGCUGGGUCAUCGACGGCAAGAACGAGGAUACAAGUCUGUUCCAGAUGAUCAAGUAUACCCACCAACAGACCCCGGACUUUACUGUAUCGGCUUAUUCCGAUAACGCUGCCGUCCUUGAGGGCAACAUGGCCAACUACUGGUCCCCUGACUACGAAACUGGAGUUUGGAAGGCCGCCAAGGAGCUCCAGCACUUUGUCAUCAAGGCCGAAACACACAACCAUCCCACUGCUAUCUCGCCAUUCCCUGGUGCCGCUACUGGUGCAGGAGGUGAAAUCAGAGACGAGGGCGCAGUCGGUCGGGGAUCUGCACCCAAGAUGGGCCUCUGCGGCUUCUUUGUCUCGGACCUGAACAUACCAGGAGCAGUCAGGCCGUGGGAAGUGGACAUCGGAAAGCCUCAUCACUAUGCAAGCAGUCUGGAUAUCAUGCUGGAGGGCCCGAUUGGAAGCGCUCGAUUCUCCAAUGAGUUUGGUAGGGCGUGUCUCACUGGCUGCUUCAGGACUAUGCUCCUCAACGUCGCUGGUGAAGGUGAGACUCCAGAGUGGAGAGGUUACCACAAGCCCAUCAUGCUGGCGGGUGGUCUAGGAACCUGCAGGCCCCAGCUUGCUCUCAAGGAACCCACUGUUGUCAAGGAGAACGCUUGCGCAAUAGUAUUGGGUGGACCGGCCAUGUUGAUUGGUCUGGGAGGUGGCGCCGCGUCCAGCAGCGCAUCCGGCGAGGCUAGCGCCGAGUUGGACUUCAACAGUGUGCAGCGCGGUAACCCUGAGAUGGAGCGCCGCGCUCAGAUGGUCAUCGACGCCUGUAACUCGUUCGGCAACGACAGCCCCAUUGCAUUCAUUCAUGACGUUGGUGCUGGCGGUUUGUCCAAUGCGCUGCCAGAGCUUGUGCGGGACGCAGGCUUCGGAGGCAAGUUUGAGCUGCGUCAAGUCGAUUGCGUCGACAACAAGAUGUCACCACUAGAGAUCUGGGCCAAUGAGUCGCAGGAGCGCUACGUAUUGCUGGUUAACCCCGAGAACCUGAACAGAUUCACCAGAAUCUGUCAACGAGAGAGGUGCCCAUUUGCCACAGUCGGUACUGUUCUGCCUAAGGACGCCAACGGUCAGGCAAAGCUCAUCUUGAGCGACCGCGAUUCCGCCGAAAACCCGUUCCCCAUCGAUCUUCCCAUGGACACGCUCUUCCCACCCGGACGCAAGCAGACCCGCAAGGACGACACUGUCAAGAGGAACCUCACCAAGUUCGAUUCUGCGGCAAGCCUGGAGGAGAAGUAUGGAUCCCUGAAGACCGGAGAGGCAAUCGCCAAGGCGACCGAGCUCGUCUUCAAGUUGGCAUCCGUUGGCUCGAAGAUGUUCCUCAUUACUAUCGGCGACCGCACCGUUGGUGGCUUGACUGCUCGCGAUCAGCUCGUUGGACCCUGGCAGACACCUCUUGCUGAUGUCGGUGUGGUUCUCACCUCGUUCUCCACCAGCGACAAGACAAGAUAUGGAAACGCGGAGGCAAUGGGCGAGAGAACGCCGCUGGCGCUUAUCUCUCCCGCUGCUUCGGCCCGCAUGGCCGUAGCUGAGAGCUUGAUGAACCUGUGCGCAGCCGAUAUCCAAGUGGAUGCGAACACAAGGGGUGAUCUCAGGCGGGUGAAGCUCUCGGCAAACUGGAUGGCAGCUGUCAACACCGAAGGCGAGGGAGCCGCACUCUAUGAGGCAGUCAGGGGUAUCACCAUGGACUUCUGCUCGAAACUACGUGUUUCGAUCCCCGUCGGCAAGGAUUCAACGUCGAUGAAGGCAUCAUGGACCGACAAGCAAACUGGCGACUCCAAGAGCGUGACUGCACCUGUAUCACUCGUCAUCUCGGCCUUUGCGCCUGUGGAGGACGUACGCAGGACUUGGACACCGCAGCUUCGCCGUGUCGAGGAGGUUGGCGAGUCGGUGCUGCUGUUUGUCGACCUCUCCGAGGGCCACCAGGCCAUGGGCGGCUCAGCAUUGGCACACACCUUGGGCAAAUUGGGAGAUGAGGCCCCUGAUGCUCGCUCCACCAAGAUGCUCCUCGACUUCUUCGAUGCCAUCAACCAGCUUCACGAAGAUGGCUGUGUGCUGUCCUACCACGACCGAUCCGACGGAGGUCUUCUCACUACCGUGGCUGAGAUGAUGUUCGCCGGAAGGUGUGGAGUUGAUAUUGAGAUUGAUGACCUCGUAAAGUCGGGAUGUACCAAGGACAUUCUUGAUGCGCUUUUCAACGAGGAGCUUGGUGCUGUGUUCCAGGUCCGCAAGUCGCACGAGAAGAGGUUCAAGGAGUGCUUUGCCACCUGCGGGCCACCCAAGGGUCUCAUCAAGAAGAUUGGUUACGCGCGUUCGGCUCCGAACCAGUCUCUGACUAUCAAGUACAGCGGCGCAGAGCUCAUCAGUCUGGAUAGGACCGAGGUACAAGAGUGGUGGUCGAGCACGUCUUAUGAGAUGCAGAAGCUUAGAGACAACCCAGCCAGCGCUGAAGCCGAGUUUGCCACUAUUGCCGACUCAAAGGAUCCAGGACUGUCUUACAAGCUGACCUACGAUCCCGCCGAGGUCAACAUCAUGCCAAUGAUGGCCAGCCUGAGAGGACUUGUUACAUCCCGGCCCAAAGUAGCAGUAUUGAGGGAGCAGGGUGUCAAUGGACAUGCUGAAAUGGCUUUUGCCUUCUCGGCUGCUGGCUUCGAUGCAGUUGAUGUACACAUGUCAGACAUUAUCGGUGGCCACUCCCUACAAGAAUACGCCGGUCUGGCCGCCUGUGGAGGAUUCAGCUUCGGCGAUACGCUUGGAGCCGGUCAGGGAUGGGCCCAAUCCAUUCUUACAAACGACUCGGCCAGGCAAACAUUCCAGGACUUCUUCAAGCGACCUGAUACAUUUGCUCUUGGUGUCUGCAACGGCUGCCAGAUGCUUUCAACUAUCAAAGAGCUCAUCCCCGGUACCCAAAACUGGCCCAAGUUUGUCGACAACGCCUCGCAACAGUUUGAGGCCCGCUACUCCAUGGUCAAGGUUGACUUUGGAAAGGCGUCAGUAUUCUUUGACGGCAUGUCUGGAUCUAGACUUCCCAUUGUGGUGUCGCACGGAGAGGGCAGAGCUAUGUUCGCCGAUGAGUCGUCUAUGCACGCGCUCGCCAACGCAGGUCUCAUCCCGCUCAAGUACACCGACAACUAUGGGGAGGUGACGGAGAAGUACCCGUUCUCGCCCAAUGGCAGCCCCAUUGGAAUUGCGGGUGUAAGCAGUCCUGAUGGCCGGUUCGUGGCUAUGAUGCCGCACCCGGAGCGGACCAUCAUGGCCGAUGCGUGCAGCUGGGCUCCAAGGGAACAGCUCGACCAGUGGGGCCAGUAUGGGCCGUGGUUCAGGAUGUUCUUGAACGCGAGAAAGUGGGUUGGUUGAUAGUCUGACCACCUAUUGGAGUCUGGAAUCAGGGGCUGGGAGGAGUUUGGGAAAGGGUCAAGGUGGGUAGGUAUACUGUUUACAUCGGUCGGGUCUUGGCUUUUGAUAUUCUAUAGAUACGCGGGCUCUUAUAUCCACAACGUUGCUCGUUGCUCAUCGUCGUCAUUGAUAGUGUGCCGUUGCCACCUUGCAUAGCGCAGCCCUAUCGUAGCAUGCUCGCCCAUCAUUCGAGAAUGCCCG